CCAUUUUAUAUAAACAGUGGACCAUACCAUUUCCCUCUGUAUAUCUUGCCUUUUAAGCACUCUUUUCCCACCCUUUCUCUCAUUUUCCCUUUUUUUUUCUUCUUCAUUUCAUCAGCUUCACAAAUUUGUUCUCCAUACUUGAGAGCAUGCCUGAAUGUCCAGAGAAAGGGAGAGAUUUGAUGAGAUAGGCAAGAAGAUCAAGAGAGAAGCAGAUGUUUCAGCCAAUUAUCAGAUGGGAAGAAGGCAUAUGUUGGGUCCUCCUGGAACCCUAAAUACGAUUACACCAUGCGCCGCCUGCAAACUCUUGAGGCGUAGGUGUGCUCAAGAAUGCCCAUUUUCUCCAUAUUUCUCCCCUCAUGAACCCCAGAAGUUUGCUUCUGUUCACAAGGUGUUUGGUGCUAGCAAUGUCUCAAAGAUGCUAAUGGAAGUACCGGAAAGCCAACGAGCCGACGCGGCCAACAGUCUUGUUUAUGAGGCGAAUGUGAGGUUAAGAGAUCCAGUUUAUGGGUGCAUGGGUGCAAUUUCAGCUUUACAACAGCAAGUUCAAUCUUUACAAGCUGAACUGAAUGCAGUAAGGGCUGAGAUAAUAAAAUACAAGUGUAGGGAAGCUAACCUUGUACCACCCUCUUCCCAUGUAGCCAUGCUCUCAUCUGGGGCUGUUUCGGUGGCUGCACCACCGCCAGCCACCACUCAACCGCCACCUCCACCACCACCACCUCCUCUUCCUACUACCACUGCCGUUACUACUUGUUCCAUAUACACCCAACCCAACACUUCUACGGACUAUACCACCCUUUCAAAUGAUAAUGUUUCCUACUUUGGAUAAAAAAAUAUUUAUUACCUUAGACUGACAACCAAAAGAAUCCCCAUUUAUUUUUCUCUAUAAUGAUGCAAAACAAACAUGGAAUAAAAAUGAGGAAGAAAUGAGUAUUCUUGUUUC